AUGGAAACGGAUUUCUUGUUGCAAGAGCUCGAGAGGAUGGGAGCCAAUGCUGCCGACUUCGAAGACGAUGAGAUAAGCGAAGUUGACAUCAAUCGCUGGCGAACACUNUUUUCCACGACAUACGAAGAUGCAGAGAACAGUAUCAAGGCUUACCGAGCAGAUAUAGACCGCCAGAGGUUCAGCGGCGAGCUAUGGCUUGAGCUCAGAGCAUCCAAGGAAGCACAGGGCUUCGACCGCGAGGCCUGUGAGUAUGCUCUGUUCUGUCGCUCGAAGGUCAUGAAUGCAGAUACUCCGACUACCAGUCCAAGAUCGGCACACUCGCUAGCAAACGACACCCUAAGCGGCCUGAUUCUCGGUGGUCCUCUGAGUACCCCAGAAGAUGCUCGAGAUAUCGCAGGGUUCACACCCACCGUGGCCAAAGCCGAGUCAGAAGACUCCUCAGCAAGCUUUUGCUAUGUGACUGCAGAGGAGGAGCAGCGCAUCAGGAAGGGUCUCGGGGACCGUGGUGUCAGCUUUGAGCCUUGGUUCAUAACAAUCAACGUUGCAGCAAAGCACCACUCAGCACUGCCUAAACUAGGCGUCGACGACACCACCAUGCCACAACACCGCCUAAACAACAUCACAGACCUUACUCAACAAUAUCCAAUUCUCUACUUCUUCUACGGUACCCUAGCACAACCAGAGGUCCUGAAGCGAGUGCUGGAAUCCGAACACGAGCCUAAUCCAUCGAGCCUACAGCCCGCUCAUGUACUGGGUGGCAAAAUCACAAACCUAGGCCAGUACCGAGCACUUGUGAACAGCAGCAGCGACUCUCGUGUGAGCGGACAUGCCUUUAUGGUUCAGUCUGAGAAUCAGGAAAGGGCCUUACGCCUACACGAGACCAAGCUGUACGAAGUCGUUCGCUGCGACAUCUGGCUUUCUGGAAGAAGCGUGCCUGUGAAGGGCUUGACCUUCCGAUUAGCAGCAUCGAGGUAA